AUGGCGCGCGCCCCGCCCUUCUGGUUGAUUCUCCUUUCCCUCGUACCAGGAAGCUUAGCAAUCGGUUGUUUCGUUUGUAGCUCUUUUGAUGGAGAAAAUAAAGCUUGUGAGGAUCCAUUCAAUUCCACAUUGGAGAAUAAUAGCAAAGAGAGAGAAGCUGGUUCGGUAGCCAAUUAUCAUCAUCCAUGUUGGGCUUUCAAGAAAGGACGAAAAGGUUUAUUUCCUGCUGAUCAUUGUAUUAAAAUAAAUGGAUAUCGAGCAGAAAACUCUUCCAAAACUAUGAUAAUUCGCACUUGUGCUCUGGAUUCAGGCACUUUGACUGCUGAUACAGAAAUCGUGCGUAUCAGUCAUUGCGGGCAUUUCAAAUACGAGGGUCAUCAUUACUCUGGCUGUGUGCAAGCCUGUGAUACCGAUGGCUGUAAUCCAGCUGUUCGUUUACCAUAUAUAGCCAGCAUAUACCUGCUGCCAAUCCUAUAUUUUGUAUUCCAUUUAUAG